GUUGUGUUGGCUCGCGCGAGCACGUGCCUCUGAGGCGGUGGUUCUGAUCGGCGCGCGCCGGAGGCGGGCUUCUGCUCUCGAGCCGCUCGGGAUCCGUGUUCAUGAGGGCUUUCAGAGAGAACGGAUGGAGGCGUCCGUGCUGCUGCCCGUGCUGCUGUGCGUCCAGUCCGCCGUCAGCUCCCCGGUGUCCACGGCCGCUCGGGCUCAGGGCUUCCUGGAGCGUUACGGAUACCUGAGCGAGGAGAACGAACCUCACAGCGCGGAUGAAGUCAAGUCUGCCAUCAGAGAGUUUCAGCGGUUGUCUCAGCUGCCCGUCACUGGAGGACUGGACCGGGUCACUCUGGAGAAGAUGAGCUCGCCCCGCUGCGGGGUUCAGGACGUCUGGGGUCAAGAGGUCAUCGGCAGCCUCACAGGCCCACGGCUCCGGAGGAGGCGCUCCGCUCAGACAGGAGAGAAGUGGCACAAACGUCACCUGACGUAUCGGAUCAUGAACUGGCCGCAUAAUCUGUUUCCCAGUCAAGUGCAUAUGGCCGUGAAGACGGCGUUCCAGCUGUGGAGCAAUGUGUCCGGACUGAUCUUCCAAGAGCUCCAGCAGGGUCCUUCUGACAUCCGACUGGCCUUCUUUGAAGGAGAACAUAAUGAUGGGACAGGAAAUGCAUUUGAUGGGCCAGGGGGCGCUCUGGCUCAUGCUUUUUUCCCCUUCCGCGGUGAAGCUCACUUUGACCUGUCUGAACGCUGGACCCUGAAUGGUCUCAAAGGACACAACCUGUUCUUGGUGAUGGCUCAUGAAAUCGGCCACACUCUGGGCCUGCUGCACUCUCCUGUGCGUCACGCUCUCAUGUCACCGUACUAUAAGAAGAGGAGCUCGAACGCACUGCUCAGCUGGGAUGAUAUCACUGCGGUACAACAGCUGUACGGGAGGCCAGCGGGGGGGUCAGCGCAGCAGACGGUGGGACGGGCUCUGAGAUGGGUCUCGAGGAACUGGCAGACUUCUCCAGGCCCUGAAGGAGGUUCCUUCACACUCCAGUACUGCCGGGGCUCCUUUGACGCCAUCACCGUGGGUGAGAACGGGACAGUGCUGGUGUUUCAGGGCCAUCGUUUCUGGACGGUGUCUAACGGCAGCGUGAGCUCUCCUCUGCCUCUUCAGACUCGCUGGCCAGGGCUGCCAUUGGCUAUCGAGGCAGCGGCCUUCUCUCCACUCCACAGCAAACUAUACUUCUUUAAAGCCAGCGCCAAAACCUUUAGCGAUGCUUCCUCUUGUCAGGGCGGCGGAUCUGGCGUUUCUCAGGCUCCGAUCUGGACCCAGGUUUCCCCGUGAAGAGCAGUGAUCUGGGCUUGCCGAAUCACCCUGACUGUGCCUUCUUC